GAAGACUUAGUGACACACACAUAUCCAGUACACAAGUCCUGUGUGUGCACAGCCCUCUUGGCAGAGCAACUCCGAGCUGUGCAAAGGGACGUGCCCAGAGUGGACAAACCAUGCUAAUUGUCUGGGAGAGAGACCUAGUGCUAGAACCAAGAUGAAGUCAGAAAGGGAAGCUUACUCAAGAGCUUUGGCGGUUCCUGCUCUUUUACGGAUCCUGUGUCUCCUCUUCUUCGCCCAGACAGACGUGGUGAAGGGGGUGAACAUCACGAGUCCCACUCUCCUGAUCCGGGGUACUCUAGGGGGGAUCGCUCUGCUGUCAGUGCACUACACCAGCACUAGCAGUGACGAGCCCGUCAUUAAGUGGCAGCUGACGAGGGACAAGCCCAUCACUGUGGUCCAGUCCAUCGGCACCAAGAUCAUCGGCAACCUGCGGCCCGAGUACAAGGACCGCAUCCACAUCUUUGAGAACGGCACUCUGCUGCUGCACAACCUGCAGCUGUCAGACGAGGGGAGCUACGAGGUGGAGAUAUCCAUCACUGAUGACAUUUUCACCGGGGAGAGACACAUCAACCUCACCGUCGACGUGCCAGUUUCCAGGCCCUACGUGUCCAUGGUUUCCUCAACCGUCCUAGAAUUGAGUGAAAACUUCUUCCUCAACUGUACCCAUGAGAUCGGGACCAAGGCUCGCUACAGCUGGCUUAAGGGAGGGAAGCCACUGGCCAAUGACUCGCGGCUCCUGCUGUCACAUGACCAGAAGAUCCUCACCAUCACACGGGUGAUGAUGGCAGACGAUGAUAUCUACAGCUGCACGGUGGAGAACCCCAUCAGCAGCAUGAAAAGCAUCCCCAUCAAACUCACGGUCUACAGACGCAGCUCUCUGUACAUCAUCAUCUCCACUGGGUGCAUAUUCCUCCUUAUUACACUGGUGACUGUGUGUGCCUGCUGGAAACCCAAAAAAGAUAAAAGUCAGCUAGAGAAACAAAGCUCUACAGAAUACGUGGAUCAAAAUGACUUGAAACACGAAGUUGAGGUUGUGCCCAAAACAGCAGAGCAUGAGCGCAGAAACCCUGUGGCUCUGUACAUACUGAAGGACAAGAAACCAGAGCCUCCUCGGAAAUGCACGGAGAGGACAGCGGCUAAGGACUCCCCAGACACGGAGGAAGACUCCCCUACAGAUUCCCGCAGCACGGUGGAGACGACUGGUCCGCCCAGCUACUCCAGCUCCCCCCCUACGCUGGCCCGCUCCCCUGGAUCCCAUCCCCGUUCAGCCCGGCGCUACCACCGAUCGCCUGUGCGCUCCCCCCCCUCUGGCCGCGCUCACAAGUCCCCCAGCCGCUCCCCUGGCUCCCCGGCCCGCGCACGCAGCGCCACGCGCAUGGUCCGCUCCGGAGGGGGGGUCCACAUGAUCCGCGAGCAGGACGAGGCCAGCCCCCCUAUGGAGAUGAACCCCUAGACCCACCUUGCACCCCACUCCCCCGCAGUCUCUCUGAAGAGAGGUCAAAAGACAUUUGUUUUUCACGGUGAACGGUGGAACAUUCUGAGAUUUGUUCUCUGUAUAAUAUCUGUACCCCACACCACUGAAUAGGAUUUUAGAGUCUAGAUUCUAAGUUCAAAUAUAGCGCAGUGUAAGCGCCUGGAACCCCUGUUUUAAUUUUAGUUUUAAAAAAAAUCCAUCCCUGCAGGUAACUUUUAAUUUCCUUGGACAGAUUUAAAUAGCAUGUAAAUGUGGCUGUGUAUACCCUGCGUAAUGCUGGUGUUACCACAGACCUUUAGUAAGAUACACUAAACAUUUAGUUGGCUAAUUUCUAGUCAUGUGACAAAAGCUUGACUGGACUUUUUUUUUCUUCAUUUUAUUUGUAUUUUUUUAUUAUAAGGGUGGCCCUUGCAUGUCAGCCUCAACAAGUGGUCAACACAAUGUAGUUUGUUUAAAAAACAAACCUGCACUUUAUACUACACAGUGCUACUGAUGAUGCCUGAUAUGUCAUCCAGCACAUUUUACACUGCGAGCCAGAGCCAGCUGUGACAUAACCCUUUGGAGGACCUCCCUGCAGUUAGUACUGAGUAAGGAUCCUUUGACUUAUCAAUGUGUAUAGAUCACUUAACAAGAUGACACAUAGUGAGGUUAGGGGCAGGGUUUUCAACGGAACGGUUUGGAAGUACUAAAUUAUGUGACUUUUUAAUGCUGCUUAGGGCAUUUUUUUAAUGAAUCAAUCAAGAUCAAUUCCCAUCCCCCACAAUUAGUUCAGUCAAGAAAGAGUCGUUUCAGUCGAAGCCAAUCAGCAUUUUGAUCUGCAGCUGUGCUUGGAGCGCUCCCAUUGGCUCAGUUGAUUGUUGCUUAAUGGACAUUACCCAUCUUUAUUUGGAUUCUGAUAGGUUAAUGAAAAAACUGCAACAUUUAAUAGAGAAGUUAAAAGAUCUGCAACUAAAUACCAAGACUGCACCAACAAUGCUGUAGAUAAAUAUUAAUGUAUGCGAUGUAAACGAAGAAGUGGUGUCCCAUAUCAAAGGCUGGUUUGUGAUUAAUGUGUCUUGCAUUUCUAGUAGGAACUAUAAAUGGUACACCAGACUGUGAAUAAAGAGUCUGACCACAUUGAGGUAGGCUAAUAAGAAAUUACCGACCCCUGUGACACCCUACCACUACGUGCAGUCUGGUAUUUGCAAAUUUUUAAACAGGGGUCUCCUAUAAGUCAGGCAUCAAAGGCAAGAUCAUACAUUAUGCCAAUUAAAUCAGUUCACCAUCUGCUCCACACAUCAAAAUGAUCUGAAUUUGUUCCUCUUUGCUUAAAGACAUUUCACACUUAAAAGAAAAAGAGCCAAUUACUGCAGGUCUAUUAAUGCCUGACGUAUGGGACACGCUGUAGAAUAGCUGUACAAAACUGGCAGAGGGUGUAUUUCAUGUUGUGCAUGUAGGGGGCGCCACCACAUACCACUGCUGUCAAUCAAUAGUUAGUCAUAGUUACUGGGAAUUACGAGCCAGACUUGUGAAUAGACUUUUUAAUGGCUUGAGAGUGGGUUACAGAGGCUAACCAUAUUGUACAGUAUAUAGACAUAACACAUUGACUGUGAUAAUUAGUGGAAGUGCCUGUAGUAUAAUACUGUUCACAGAUGCUCAAAUGACGUGUUCUUGUCCAUGUUGUUUGUUAUUAAACCUGAUGUUAACUAGAUUUUCUGUACAUGCUGCGCAAAUCAUUAAAGCAACAUGAUCUUUUAGGCAAAGUGUAGUCUCUAUAAAAUAAAUAUUAAUCAGAAAAUAGAAAUAAAAAGUAAUAAAUCUACCCAUAAAAGCUACUUCAUUAUUAUUACUUUAAAAAGCACUUCUUAAGAAUUGAAACUAGGCGAAUCCCUUUGUCGUUGGUGGACACUGUACACAGAGACCCCAGAACAAUCAAAAUCCAGUUUUUUUUCUCAUGAAGCUUAAAUAAGAGGACGGAGCAAUUUGAGAAUAUGACAGAGAUCCAGUUAAAACAUGGCAACAUCAAAUUGCAAAAAUGACAGAUCUUAUAUAUAUAUAUAUAUAUAUAUAUAUAUAUAUCAAUUUCUUUGGACGUCCUAAUUCUGCAACAAUAACCAUUUCUAGUUUUGCAUUUAAAAGCAAACACUUUGCUUAAUGCAGAACCUGCUCAACCCUCCUGCCAGCUCAAGUGCUGCAUGGUUGAAUUGUUUCACUUGUUUUGAUAAUAGCAGCAGAGACUCGGGAGAUUGUCCUGAACCCAGUUAUAUUAUAUAAAGUCACUUGAACCUCUAUGAACUACUGCUGUGGGAAAAAAACCAAAACAAAACAGUAACCAAAUGAAAAGAACAACAGCCACCAGUAAGUGUUAUGUGUCCUAUAACAUUAUCUCAACGAUGAACCCCCUUCGCUGGAAAUCUGGAAAAUGACACAACAUCACUGCUGCACUUUUUGUGUAUUUUGUUAAAAUGUGCCAGAUAACCUGCAGUUGUACAACAGUGCCCUCUAGGGCCAAUGGUGGCACAGUACAAGCUGUCCAACAAUAUUUGGUACCUGCCAAAUUGCAUUGCUCAACAGUGCUAGGGAAUGGUUAUUUUCACAUCACAGUCAAAUUAUCCUUUAACUGCUACAAAGGGCUCCACUUUAUAAUACCCCACCUGACAGUCUACUGAAUUUGUGUAAUGCAUUCUGUAUUCAAUCCAUAUGUACUAAGCAACUAUGAAUGGUGCAUUCAACACUUACUCAAGUAAGCAACGCUGCCACUAUUAGGUCAGCUGUAAGAUAAGCAUAAAACUAUGUUUUGGUAACAUGACUAACCUCUUCCUCUGUAGCCAAAAUGUGAUUUUUGAAUGUAAGUAAUGAUCUAAUGUCUGUGUUAUUAUUUUUACUUCCAGACGUUGUGUAGAUGAAUAAAUUCUGUAACUGUGCAAAAAAAAAAUAUUCAAUAAAAAAGGACAUGAAGAUCAGAA